AUGGAACCCAGAAAGGAUAUGGUGAUGUUUCUGGAAGGAGGUCAACUUGGCACUCUUGUUGGCAAGAGAGUCUCUAAUUUGUCAGAAGCAGUGGGAAGCCCAGUCCAAGAACCGCAGGACAAGAUGAUCCAUCGGAGUUGCCUGAGCCCGAGAUCUGGCCCCUUAUCCUCCCGAGAAAGGGGACGAGGAGAGGAGGAGGUGGAAGUGCUGCCAGGGACAGGGACGGUCCCGGAGAGUCGCUCGGCGGCGGCAGCAGCUCUGCUCUCGGCCGGACAGCAGCUCGCCUCGGAGCCCAUCUCUAGCAAAGGGCAACAGAGCAGCUCGGACACCGAGUCGGAUUUCUAUGAGGAAAUCGAGGUGAGCUGCACCCCGGACUGCGCCACGGGAAACGCCGAGUACCAGCCCAGCAAAGGGCCGUGCUCGGAGGCUUUGGCCGGUGGCAGUCCCAGCAGCGGGGGGGAGCUCCCCAAGGGCAGCGGAGGCAGCGGCGGCUCCCAGGGUUCGCUGGCCUGCAACGCCAGCGAUCAGAUGCGCCGCUACCGUACCGCCUUCACCCGCGAGCAGAUAGCCCGGCUGGAGAAGGAAUUCUACCGGGAGAACUACGUGUCCAGGCCCAGAAGAUGUGAACUGGCAGCUGCUUUAAAUCUGCCAGAAACCACCAUCAAGGUCUGGUUCCAGAACCGCAGGAUGAAGGACAAGAGGCAGCGUUUGGCCAUGACCUGGCCUCACCCAGCAGAUCCGGCUUUUUACACGUACAUGAUGAGUCAUGCAGCGGCAACUGGCAAUCUUCCCUACCCCUUCCCAUCCCACCUGCCCCUUCCUUACUACUCCCACAUGGGCAUUGGUGCCACCUCGGCCUCUGCUGCCACCCCUUUCAGUACCCCUCUGAGACCACUUGACACCUUUAGGGUCCUCUCUCAUCCUUACCCUAGACCAGAACUGCUCUGUGCAUUCAGGCAUCCUUCUCUUUACCCUGCCCCAACUCAUGGACUCAGUAGUGCUGGAGGCAGCCCUUGUUCAUGCUUGGCUUGCCACAGCAGCCAGUCCAAUGGACUGGCACAGAGACCUUCAGGAUCAGACUUUACCUGUUCAGCCACAACCAGGACUGACUCUUUUCUCACUUUCACACCCUCGGUGCUGAGCAAAGCAACCUCAGUAUCCAUGGACCAGCGGGAAGAAGUACCUUUAACAAGAUAAAGCUGCAUCUCAGGUUUAUAAAUCAUAUGCCCCUUUCAUGGGCUCACAUAAGGUUAAAGUACUUACAUACAACGUUUAUUUAAUCGUGUUCUCUCCCAUAAGUGGACACCUAUGGGGGAAAAGACUAAAAAUAGCUCAGUCUUUGAAGGAUUUACAUUCCAAGAUAAAACAGGAAAGAAGAAGAAGGGAGGGGGGGAACCACUAGUGAUGUGUUUGCUUAAGGAGGAAUUUAGGCUUCUGCACUAUGAAGGCAAAAACUGAUAUACACUACUUUCUACAAUAUACCAUAGAAAUGAACUAGGACUUUAUUUUCUAUGGCCAGAUAACCUACCAAGGGGCAGAACUUCUCCAAACCACAGCAAAAUCUUUAUGCCCAAUUAUAUAUGACUGAAAAGUAAAAUCUGAAAUACUUGAAAGAAAAAUUGCUGAUAAUAAAAUGUCUUGUGUGCAUAAUACAAAGUCAAGAUUUAUGCUUUACCAGAUUGUUCAACAACCAACUAAAAGGGUUUCGAGAUAGCAACUCAACAGUAUUAUCCAGUUAUUUCUAGAAUCAAGAAAACUGUUUUUGCCAUAAAGUACAGUGACAUAUUGUACAUUACUUUCUUGGUUUAAUUGCAUUCUUUACCUCUUUCCCUGUCUCAGUAAUAUAAACCCUUCGUUUUUUAGCAGAAAUCCAAUAUUUCGUCUCCUCCUUCCUCCCAACUUUUAUUUCUAAGAGACAGACGGAAACUGGCAGAAAAAAAAAAGAUCCUGUCAGUUUGUGGGUCAGAGCUAUUUGUCCUUUAACUAACAAUGUCCUAUUAUCAGUUGCUGAAAUGUGCACACACUGACGAAAUUAGCAAGUGAUGUAUAUGUAAGGAGGCUUUUUGAAUGUCGAAUGUAUAAUGUUCUCUGAACAGAGACCCUAUGCCAAACGUUAACAAGCCGCCAAGGGAAGAGAUUAGGUGACAGGGAGCUGAACUCCUUCAGACAAUCACUAGUCUGCAAAUUAGAGCAAAGGCGAUUUUCCUUCCUUUGUAUUUCACCUUCAGGUCUCCCAUUGGCUUAUUCCUUUUCUUUUCCUUUGCUGCAUUUGGGUUUUAGAUUCGAGUGCUGGGGUGUUUUUUUUUUUUUGGUUAGUUUCCCCUCGUCCCCCCUCCUUCCCCAACCUCUGCAUUUGUAUGUGACUUUCACACCAUUUGUGUGUAAAGUCUUUCCUCCGCCUUGAGAUUAAUUUAUUUUUUCUUCCCUUUGCUUCUUGUAUGUUACAGUGGAAGAUAGUAUUCGUGGUUUUGCUUGGAUUGUUGUCUGAAUGGGGUGCAGCUGUCAACCUGAAAUUCUAAAAACACAAAUAUUGGACUGGGCUAAUAGUUUCUUUCAAGACAGAAAUUGUUUAAUGAAUUCUCUUUUUAAAUAGCCCAAAGAAUUCACUGUUACUAUAUGUUACCAUGUCGCAAUAAAGAGCUAGACAAAUUUUAAGACCGCAUCACAAAUAUUUUUAUUGUGUUUGUUUUAAAAAAAAACCCUAAGAAUACUGCUUUCUACCGUUUCUUUUUCUUGCAGUUCCUUAUAUUUACAGUUCAACAAUCAGGAAAAUUAAUGUUGAACGGAAACAAAGACAUUUUAACACCUAUGUUAUCUACUUUGCGCUAAAUUGCUGAGGAACGUCUGUUUAGUUUAUUGUCGCAUUUAAGACUUUUUG